CUAAUAAAAAACAACAACAUCGCAAAAUAAAGCAACCCGCUGCAAAUAAAUCAUAAAAAUUAAAAUAUAUUCGGAUUACUUAGGACCAAUAUUCAUACGUACACGCCGUUGCGGAGCGAGAUAUACCAGCUAGAACCGGGGCAUUACGUUAAUCCAUAGCGACAAAAAUGACACGAGGAAACCAAAGAGACCUGGCGCGUCAGAAGGCCCAAAAGAAACUGUCGGAUCAGACCAAGGGAAAGCGUACCGAUAAUCUCACUGUGGAGCAGCGCAAGGCUAGGGAUGCUGAGGUGAUGCGUGAUAAGCAGAAGAAAAAGGAAGAUGCUGCAGCAGCUGGGACAAGUAAAUAGAGACCAGCCAACAGACAACUCCAUCAGGUAGACAGAUGCAGGCGUGGGUCACACAAAAUUGUUAGUGGGUAGUCAGUCGGUGCGUCCCAGGAUCUAGGAGCGUCAGCGCCAUUCUACAUGAGAGAAACAUAAUGAGAAUUUUAUACAUUUCAACGCUACAACUAUGCAUAGAUAUUACCGGGCUGUAGCUGUACCAAGCAAUAAAUAAGCAACCCCCUGGUCCCACCACACAAACGGUCUCAAUGGAUUUCGAUUUCAGUACCGCCUUGGUUUUCGUUCCCUUUCCUUUUUGCAGUGUCCGGCUGAACCAUAAUUAAGCAAAUUGAUUAUUUCUCAACAUACCUGAUUAAAUUAUUUACUCUAAUGAACAUAUAAAUUUUCAAAAUAAAAUAUAAUAUGCAGCCAAAAAACGUAGCACUAAAAAAUCACCAUGUCUAGCUAUAUAUUAUAUAUGUAUUGUGUUUUUGACGAAAAUAUAUAUAUAAAUGAUGACUUGCAGACAUGCAGACAACCAGUACCGAA